AUGAGACUCCGUCUCUUGUACAAAAACGACGGCGAGGACGAAAAGUCGCUUCUCCUCAACUUCAGCAACAGGCCGACUAUGAACAAUAUCAAAGAUGCUCUCCAGACAAUUGUAGCCAGACUGAGAACUGUGAUCAAAGACACUCCAACUCCUGCAACGACAGUUUCUGAUGGAAAUGAAACUACUCCCGGUGCUAUAACUCCAACUCUGACACCCACGCCAUCUUCAGUCGGUGCUUCAUCGUCUGCUCUGACCAAUGGAGCCGGUAGUCUAUCUUUCAACACACCCGAAUCUCUUUCUGAUGCGAGCUUGCUCAGAAACUUUCAAUUACAACAGCAGUAUUUGAAGGAAGACCGUAAUCUCCGUAGCAUAUUCACACUGUCGGUAAUAGACAACAAGCUAACGCCGCAGUUGUUCUGGUCCACAAGAUUGAAUCAGUUGCGGACAUAUGCUUUAACGAUCUCACAGCAUAGAGGACCGUAUAAUGUUCUCUCUACUAUAAAGCCUGUAGCCACAUCAGACAACCAGGUCAACGUGAAUGUAACAAGAGACACAAUUAACGAGAUCUUUGACACGUACCCAAUCAUCAGGCGGGCUUUCACCGAGUUGGUGCCGUCUAAGUUCCUGGAGGGAGAGUUUUGGUCGCGUUUCUUCAACUCCAAACUAUUCCGAAGAUUGAGAGGAGACAAAAUCAACAACAGCACUAACAGAGGUGAUGUGAUCUUGGACAAAUACUUAUAUAUAGACCAAACACAAAAGGCCAACGAGGACAAAGAGCUGGCUACGACGUCAUUGGACCAGACAUCAAAAGAACCCCAAUCUGAACAAACAUCAACUGCUCCUUCUCUUCAGAACCCUCAAAUAAAGGUCAAUAAGUUUCUCGAUUUAUUGGGAAAUGAAGAAGACAAUUCACAGAAGUUAGGAAACCGUCCAGACUUGACGAUGCGAUUCGAAGACGAUGGUAUCAAGAAAGUAAACCUUGGCCAAGAAAACGAGAUGAUAGUGUUGAUGAAAAACAUGAACAAAUUGUCGUCGAAGAUGGUGGAGAUGAGCAAUGCCAUUCUGACGACCCAGCAGCUGUUGACGCAGCCAGAUGAACCAGAUUCUUUAUCUCAGGCAGAAAUAAACGAAUACCAGGAAGAGUUGAAUUUGCACGAUUUGAACGAAGUUGAGGAGUCUGAGUUCAUACGCUUAUCCAUCAACAGUAAUCUUGACGCCAAGUCAUCGUUACGGAGGGGAUCUGAAGCUCAGAUGAAUCAUUUCACUCCUGACGAGCUUUCAAGUUUCUUUUCUCUGAACAAGUUCAAGCCUCUUGUGAAUCUCAGCGAUACUUAUGAUUCUAAGAAUGCUGAUAUAGAGAAGUCGAGUAAUGAAGUUACUUCGUUGAUAAAACAUAACUUCAGAACAUUUAAACUCACAACCAAAGACUCACAUGGUGUGAGUUAUGACGACGUCAAGAACUUGGUGGAUGAAUCGUUGGUUCAAGAAAUUAUCAGGUAUAACAUGACUGUCGUUGAGUUCUUGUCACAUUUCUGGAAGUUGUUUUUGAACGGCAACAAUCCCACGCAAUUGAAGAGAUUGUUUGCCAGUCUCAAGAAUUGUCGCAAUGACCUUACAGCACUUAAAGAACGAGCAACUAAGAAGUUUGAUGAGAUGGAAUUAGUCAAGAAUAACGAGAAAUUACGUGAAAAGAUCAUUAGAAGCUUACAGAGUUGUCUUGAACCUAUGGAAGUCAGUUUGGACAUGGCUUGUAAUGAGUAUGUUGCGGCUGUGAGGCUAGCUCAAAAACAACAGCCUCAAGAAACAGAAUCUGUAGAGAUCAACGAUAAUGGAAAAAGACCACUACAGCAAUAG